CUUACAUCUUAUUAAAAAAAAUUGAAGUAAAUCCUUAACAAUUUGAUCAAACCACAUUGGCCUUAAGUUUGUUUUAAGAAUAAAAUAUAAUUUUUUUAUUUACAACGAGCUAGGGAUCAAACUCAAACCUAUAACAUACUAGCAAAAUCUCUCGAUACUAGACCAAACCUAGUGACUUAAUAUAAUUUAAACUUUAAAAAAAAAAAACUAGUAAUAAACUGAAAAAACGGCGUCGUCAGCUCUCCAAACCGUUUAGGUUCGUUAGAACAUUCCUAUCCAAUCCGUGACAGCCACCUUUUUCUGAAUAUCCCCGUCAUCAACUACCAUGGCCAAAAAAAAAACUACCAUGGCAAAAAAACCACCCAAAUCAACCACCACAUCGCCACCGUUACUCCGCCGCAUCUUAACUCUCGACGACACAAUCUCCCGCUACAUCCACACCAUCACAAGUCCCCACGCUCCUAAAUCACUUCUACGCUUCCUAGAACACUUAGCCGAUUUCCGUUUAUUCUUCCCCGUCACUCUCUCACUCUUCUUCGCCACUCCUUCUCACUCUCCUCUCCGUUCUCAUCUCUUCCUCCCUCUCCUCCUCUGUUCCUUCCUCGAUCUCAUCUUCACCGGUUUCCUUAAAUUCCUCAUUCGUAGAUCUCGUCCUUCUUACGCAAUUCACGGUGAUUACAACGCUGUUGUUCCCGUUGAUAAAUUCUCAUUCCCUAGCGGUCAUUCAUCCAGAGUCUGUUUCAUCGCUUCCAUUUUUUCAUUCUCCAAAGCUCGGAUCGUUGAAGCCGUCGCUGAUCGGAUACAUCCGCGGCUUGAUUUGCUUGUUCAUAAUUGGAUAGGUGGAGAUGAAGUUUUGGCAGUUAAUUUGUUAGUUGCUGCUGUUUGGUUUUGGGCUUUGACGACGGUUAUUUCUAGGGUUGUUCUUGGUAGGCAUUAUGUUCUUGAUGUUAGCUUUGGAGCUUGCUUGGGUUUUCUGGAAGCUUUGUUCACUUUACACUUUCUUAAUUUCAGUGUUUUGAUUUGAGACUAUCUCAUUAUUGUCCAUGUGAAGUGUAGUGCGUCCCGUGCUAAAUUAUGAGACUCCUAAGAUGAGAAAUAGAGUAUCUCAAUUAAGAGUGUUACACGCUAAGUGGGAGAGAGAAUACAAAUGAAGCAUUAUAAUGCACGCUAAGCGCUCAACUGUCACGGGGAACCUUGAGGAAGUUUUUGUGAAAUUUAUUUUUGAAUUGGUGAGCGGUAUUCUUCAUGACAGCCUUUUGGUUGUGCACACGCGCGGUUUUGGGCAGAUGGCAUUGGUUAGGAAGGAUCCUAUUUGUUAAAGCAUGAGUCUGUGUAUUAGGUUCUUGUAAAGCUUGUCGACUGGAUUCUUGUAGUGCAUCAUUUCCUUUUCUUUAUCUUUAUUUUUUCCAGAUCGGUUUCUUUGCCUGUGAAAUAGGCUUAACAUUGACAACUAUAAAGAUCACCUUUUCCUA